AUGGGCAACUUCAGGAUCAAUGCCUCUGAUGCUCCCAGCUUUAUUCUGACAGGCUUCCCAGGAAUGGAGGCCAUGGGCCCCUUGCUAUCCCUCCCUCUCCUUCUACUCUAUGCCAUCUCCAUUGUGGGCAAUGCCCUGAUCCUCCUCAUUGUCAAGGAGGAGCAGAGCCUGCACCAACCCAUGUACUACUUCUUGUCUCUACUCUCAGUCAAUGACUUGGGUGUGUCCCUUUCCACAUUGCCGACUGUGCUGGCUGCCCUCUGUUUCCGCGCUCGAGUGAUUACUUUUAAUGCCUGCUUGGUCCAAAUGUUUUUCAUCCACCUCUUCUCUUGGACAGAGUCUGGUAUCCUUCUGGCUAUGAGUUUCGAUCGCUAUGUGGCCAUCUGUAAUCCACUGCGCUAUGCUGUCGUGCUCACCAAUGCCCGAAUUGUGGCAAUGGGCCUGGGUACUGUCCUCCGCAGCUUUGCUCUCAUCCUGGUCUUCCCACUGCUGCUGCACAGACUGCCUUUCUGCCACCCCCAGAGCAUUCUCUCUCAUGCCUACUGCCUUCACGUGGAUAUGAUCAAAUUGGCAUGUACUGAUGUCUCCCUCAAUAGCCACUAUGGGCUGUCCAUUGUGUUGUUCACCUUUGGUCUGGACUCUGCACUCAUCCUCAUCUCCUACGUACUCAUCCUGCGAUCAGUGCUAGCCAUUGCCUCUCGGGAGGAGCGUCUCAAGACACUCAACACGUGCGUGUCCCACAUCUCAGCUGUGCUCAUCUUCUAUGUGCCUAUGGUUAGUGUGUCCAUUGUACAUCGCUUUGGGGCUGGCCUGCCCCACGUUGUCCAUAUCCUCAUGUCUAUCCUCUACCUCUUUGUGCCUUCCAUGCUAAAUCCAAUCAUCUACUCCAUUAAGACAAAGGAGAUACGCCGCAGGCUUCUCAAGAUGCUCUUCAGGGUCAAGUCCUGA